AGAAAAGCAACCCGACAGAAAAGCGGACUUCCAAAGCGACCGCUAAUUAUGGUUGUCGUUUCUUUUUUGUUGUGUUCAUACGUAGCACCAUGUUACACAAACAAGUUCAGUCGAAUUAUUUUACAAAUAAAUAAUCCUAGUGAUCACCUAAUCUCGGUCCAACAAAUUCCAGAUAAUUUCACACAGAAAACAGGUCGAGGUUUUAUAAACAUUAUGGUAACCAUUCCGGUGAUGACGAUAAGCUCUUCCGAUGGUCCGAGGCCCAUGCCAGUGAUCGCAAUGGGCACAGCAUCAGACUCAGGCAUCAGUGGAAGUGAUGUGAUGUCAUCAUCGACUAUAGUUGAAGCUAUUAAGGUGGGUUAUCGUCACUUUGACACCGCUGCAGUAUACCGAACUGAGAAACCUCUCGGUGAAGGUAUCAGCGAAGCACUCCGGCUGGGUCUUAUCAAGUCUCGAUCUGAGCUUUUCAUAACCACGAAGCUAUGGUGUGCCUCCGCUGACCGUCAUCUUGUUUUACCCGCCAUCAAUCAGAGUCUACAGAAUCUGGGAUUAGAGUAUGUGGAUUUGUAUCUUAUACACUGGCCACUAAAGGUAAUCCAAGAUGAAUUCAAACUUCCCGUUCCUAAGGAGUGUGUAGCCGCAAUUGACAUCAAAGCAGUAUGGGAAGCAAUGGAGGAGUGUCAAAAUCUCGGACUCACCAAAUCCAUUGGCGUCAGCAAUUUUUAUCCAAAAUUGAUUCAACAAAUUCUUUCCUUUGCAAAAAUCCCUCCUGCUGUCAACCAGUUUGAGAUGAACCCACUUUGGCAACAAAAGAAACUAACUGGAUUUUGCAAAGAGAAUAGCAUCCUUGUGACUGCUUACUCCCCUUUAGGUGCUUUCGGCAAUAAUGCAUGGGGACACAACCGCGUUAUGGAAUGUGAUGUUCUCCAAGAUAUUGCAAAGUCCAAAGGGAAGACAGUGGCUCAGAUUUCUUUAAGAUGGCUAUAUGAGCAAGGUGUAAGUAUCGCAGUAAAGAGCUUCAAUACAGAAAGAAUGAAGCAGAACCUAGAUAUCUUCGGCUGGUCCUUGACUAAGGAGGAAAUGGAAAAAAUCGACCAGAUUCCUCAACGCAGGCAUGUGUAUCUAAUAGGUUCAAUGUCAAUUGAGCCAAACGAUAUAAUGGCUGAGAUUGAUGCAGAGCUUGAUUAAAGAAGUAAUCAGAUCAGUGAAAAUAAAUGUUAAUGAUCAACACUUUUACAUACUCUAAUGUGAUAUCAUCAAUUUGUUUGCAUGCUUAUAUACUGUUUUAUUGGUUCCUAGUCGAACUCUUUAAGCACUAACAUGCACAUCUAGCAGAACAGUUUUCCUGCAAGGCUGCAAGCAACAAAGAGCUUGAUUAAAGAGAUAAUCCGAUCAGUAAAAGAGUACAAAAGAGACCAAAGAUAUAUGAAAAAAACUAAGACGUGAAAGGAACUAAGACGUGUGAAAAUAAACGACUUCAAUUGAAGGGAUCAUCCACAAGUAUCGUUGAUGGUGUCAGCCAUAGCUGGUCCAUAUGUGACCAUCCAAAAUUGUGUUAGUGUAAGGUCUUCGUUUUCUUCUGGAAAUAUUCCUGUAUGUAACAGAUUAGUAGCAAACGUGGUCGUUAAGGCUCGAGUUGGACUCGAUUCCCUUAAACAGAUUCGCCGUCUGUUUCUAGGAUACAACAACCUUAAGAGUGUGUGCUCUACCGGAUAUUUCCACUUGCCUGAAAAAGUCGCCGGAAGGAAGCAAGUGUACAAAGAAGGAGGAGUAAGAAGAGUAUUUUUAUUCGUGUGUCAAAUGAGAUGGUAGUGGUCUCCUUUUAGUUGAAACGUAAUAGAAACAAAUCAAUUCGAUAUUAAGCAAUUGAUUGUGCAUUGAAUGCCAAUAAAUGUCAUUAAUU